GCUAAACUGGGAAGCCCCAACCUAUAAAGUGCGAAUUGCCUCCCACCCAAGUCUUCAAGAACCGCAGAGACACAUUCCACAUUACCUUGAUUUAUCGAAAUUCGGAUCUAGCUAUGUCUCUAUCCAAUCUCAAGGUUAACGGACUCUAUAUUAUACUAUUCAUAAGAAACCAUCCUCCAGUUCAGAACGAUUUCCACUGGGGCCUCUAUUUUCACAGGCAUCCUCGGACCGGCGGCACGAAAUACCAUGUCAAACAGCAGGGAAGCGGUUGGAUGCCCGAUCAUGGGCCUACUGCAGGAGUCUUCAAAUCCUUUCUUCUCGUGGGUCUUUUUAGGAUCGCCGAUGUUCCAGCUGGUUGGGAGGGCCAUUUGGACCAGGCCAUAAGGACAUACGACAACCAGUUAAACACUCCAGGAGUUACGUGCCGUGUUUGGGUGUUUUGGGUUCUGGCCCUUCUCCAGAAGCCCAUCAGCGGCCAGAUUAUCCUGAAAUGCGGCAAUUUAGCGACCCUGGAGGCUGAAGUUAAGGCCUGGGGAAAUGUACACGCAAUGGGCGCCGCAGAUAAUGAUCAACCAAGGCCCGUGGCAGCCUCUGCAUUGUGCGAACUAUAAAUAGUGGCCUCAAAAGUCUGUACAUAAUUUUCGCCAGGGGGGAUGAAGACCGAGGAGGGCUCUUGUCGAGUAGUUAGUAG